AAGAAGAAGAAAAAAAUCAAAGGAUGUUGCGUCUAGUCGGAACUAGAAAAAACUGCGAAGCGAGCCACCUGCAGUUUAUCUCUGCACGUCCUUAGCCUGUUAUUCGUAUUUCCAGUCAGAUUUCGCAGGAAUGGGGCAAAGUGCCACUUUGCUCUGCAGAGCCCUGUUCAUAGCGACAGCGGUGUGUGUUGCUGUGGCUCCCGGAGACUGUGUUGAGAAAUCCAUGUUCGUCAUAGAUGGACUUCUUCUUUACCCACCGCCAUUUUUGCCAGAAGAUUCCUACUUCCAAGGAUCGGCACAAAACAAUUUCAACCAGAGGAUAGGAGCCACAUCUUACGCAGAGAAAAAUUACAACCAGUCGGUGACCAUCGACAUCUUUACCAGUAAUUCGGUCGACAUGGAAACUUGCCCUUACUUGUGUCUAGAUGGAGAGGGAUCUUUUUAUUGCUGCCCACAGACUGAAGAAGAAGAGCACGCAGGAUUCUGUCCGGAGAAAGAGGAUGUGUGCAUACGCCUUUCGUACCUGGUGCAAACGACCAAGACCACUCGUUGUGCCAACGACGCCGGUUGCUCCUCCAACGAGAAGUGUUGUUUCGAUCGCUGUUUUGGAGCUCGGGUCUGCAAAACAGCGAUCGUCAAGUGAUUGAUCAGAUGCGGCCGGUGAUGAUGUUAAUUGCCAUGACAGCUGUUAAGUGUUGCUCUCCCGAGGGUGUAUAAUUGAUUGUUUCUUGACAUCUACUCAUAAAAAUGACAGAUACGAAAGCAUCCUUA